GCAAUCAGUUACGUCCAGCCAAUCAGAAUCGCUCCCCUUUUUCCCACGUCCAGUUACGAACUUCAAAUUUUGUAUGGGUGUAGUUUUGUGUAAACGUCAUGUCUCUAAAAUCUAAAGAGGCGAUGCGAUUUGCCACCACUGGUCAUAACAAGGAGAACAGACACCAGUCUCAAAAUAAGCAAGUAAAAAGUACUGGUAUAAACCAACAGCGUACAAGAAAUGCUGCUGACAAGAAAACUGCAAUGGCAGGAUCAGCUGUUAAUGAAAAGGGAGAGAGAACAAAUGUUGCUAAGAGUGCAGAUGAGUCUUUGACAGACAAAAAUAAUUUGAAAUUACAGGUCGCAAAAUGGCGAGCUGAAAGGCAGGCAAGGCUUGCAGCCAAAAUCAUAAGGAAGCAAGGAAAAAAUGAGGUACCCCCUGCUGUUCUUGGAAUAUCAGCAUACAAUGUUUCUCUUGAUAUAAUUGGAAAUACAUCAAAUUCGAACCUUGAUUCAAAGGACAACAGAAAGCCUACCUGUCAGAAAAAUGUGAAAAACACCACAAAGAGGAAACCAGUUGAAGUCAGACAGACAACAGCAAGUAGAUUGCGCAUGGAAAAAGCUAAUCCUUUACUUACCAUUGGGAAAUGUACAGGAUUAACUUCAACAUUUAAAGUUAAAACUCCUGCCUCAUCACUGGUGAGAAGCACAAAUAUUACAAGGAAACCAUUCACAGCAACUACAGCAGCAGCACCAAAACAAUUGUUUAAGGUUCCAAGAUGCAAUGAAAAGAAAAUUAACAAUGAAAAUAAAUAUACUGGGCCAGUGCAGCAGAAGAGUUCUGUACUGACUGUGAAAAAAACUCCCAGUACAUUUACACCAGUUAAUCGAAUAAAAAAUGUUAAUGCCAAUGUAAGUGGUGUCUCAAAGCUUCCCCCGUCAACACAGAAGAAUAGACCACAGCUCUCUGCAGGUGCCAGACAGAAAAAUGUUCCUACAACAAAUCAGCGUGCAGGACUGAGGCGCUCAUCAUCAGCCACAACAUUUCAUUCACAUGUCGGUUCCAUGCAGCUAAAGAGUGUGAGAAGCCCUUCAGUUCCAGACAUAUCAAGAGUAUCUAAAAUUGGCCACUCUUCAGCAUACAAGUCUGCAGGAGGACCUAACGGACAAGAGACUCGUACUGGGGUUGCAGAUACCCCACACCGUUCUUCUUUGAGGAAAUCUCGAAUGACUUUAUUUGGAACAUCUCAAACGAAAACACCUCUGAAAACUGUAUCAUUCACUCCACAACCAGAGGUUUUAAGGAGGAAUUUGCUCAACUGGUUGGAGAAAAGGGGGAAGUCGUUAAAUGCAUUCAGCCACCUUCGAUGUUUUGGGCUUCACAAGCCAGCCUCUGAUAAACCAGAUAAAGAAGUUGCACUAUCAACUGAAGAUUUGGAAGGAAACAAAGAAGCAGGAACUGCUGACGUAGGUUCUGAAGUAUCUCUUGCACACCCUGACCAGGAAAUAAGAAAAAUAAUAGAGGAUAAUGAAAAUGUUUUUGAUAACUGCAAUCUGGAAGACCUGAAAAACAUUCUCUCAGAUCUACAUAAGCUCAUUCUUGCAUCAUACCCAAGAGAUCAGUGUGAAGAAUGGCUUCAUUUAAUACGAAAAAAAUUUCCUAACCUGGAUGACGAACCAUUGUACUGGGAAUGCUUGGCUGCACUUGAGGAAGCUCGUGGGGACUACAGCACAGCUAUAGAUUUUUAUAGUCGCGCAAUUGUUAGUGGUGCUGAGGCUGAAGUUAUUGACAAAUCAUUGGACCUUCUGUGGGAAAAAUUCACCUCUUUGAAAUUACAAUCAGAGGAUGAGGAAGUUGACAAAAAGAAACAAAAGACUCCCCGGCGCAGUGUUGAUCCACGCCAAGUUUUUAAAUCUUCAAUAAUAAAAUUUGCACUUCAGCAGAAAGCUGUAAAGCAGCUGAGUGCUGACCUUGGUGUGGAGCCAAAAUCUUUGCAUUAUGUGGCAACUCCAGUACGACGAAGCACCAGAAAAUCAAAUAACCCGUACAAAUCCUCAUCGGUAGUUUGUGUUGGAUCUUUGAACACAUUGCAGCCUGACGUUCGUGAUUCAGUUGUUUUUGUAUCAAAUACUGCAUUAACACCUAAAGUCUAAGUUUUUAUACUGAUUUACAGUUUGACCAACUCCCAAUAUGCUUUUUUAUGUUUGUAAUGAAAUAUUUAAAUUUUUAUUUUUAUCAUGUGUUAUGUCUGCAUCAGAUGCAUGAAAACCAUAAUUUAACAAGUAUGAAAAUGCUUAAAUGCUAUUGUAAUGGAUCAGACCAUGUGAAAUCAACCGAUGGCCUGAUUCCUGACAGCCCAGAUACUGAUAAUUUUUUUCUUUACAGGAAUAGAAUAAAAUUACAAAAAUCAAACUCUAAGUAGCGGUUCAACUUUACAUUAUUGGUUGAUUUCACACAGAAUGACCCAAUGGUGGACUGAAAGUGGGCUUGGGGAAAUUGUCAGCUAAUGAGAAUAAUAUAUUCAGAAAAAUUUUGUGCUGUUUGUGUUAAGAGAACAAAUUCAGUGAGUUCUCAGAAUGUGUGGAGAUAACUGUAGUAUGAAUGUGUGUGUACUUUGUUUUUGUUACUUGCUUUAGAUGGGAAUAUUAUUAAUGUUGUAAAUAGUGUUACUCAGUUUUAUAGAAGUAAUUUAGUUUUGCUAAUGUUGUGUAUUGUGCAUGUGGAAAUAAUUUUAUGUUAGAAUUUUGUUGCCCUUUUUUAAUGACUACAUCUCUAAUAUGGAUGCAAAUGUCAAUAUUGUUUUAUGGGCCGAACACUAUGGAGUACUUGGAAAUACAAAAACAUUACCUGUAAAAAUUCAUCUUCAAUAACUGUUUUGUAAAACGUUGUAACCAUUGCUUUACUUCUGUAUCAAAUUAACUUACAAUAGUUACUUUUCAGCUUAGGUUAUCAAUUGUAAAUGUCAAUCAAACAAAGAUCGACAAUUCAGAGUUGCUAAAAUGGUCAGUAUGUAAUAUAAAUUUAAUUUUCAUGUAUUUAAAACACUAAUUUCAUAUAGUAUGUAAAGAGGCUUGUAACAUUAUCUGUACUUGUACUACUGUAAAUCUGUUUUCUGAUAAUGACUCAUUAAAAAUGACAGUCACUUGA